GGCAGUUGUGGGGCCGCCGUGGGGCAGCGAUGGAGCCGGCGCCGGGCGCCUCUGCCUGGGACUUGGGGGUCACGGCCGCCUACUUCGGCCUCGUCAUCGCCGUGGGGCUCUGGUCCCUGCGCCGCGGCACCCGCCGGACGAUCAGUGGGUACUUCUUGGCCGGACAGAGCAUGGGGUGGGGCCCGGUGGGGGCGUCUCUCUUCGCCAGCAACAUCGGUUCGGGGCACUUUGUGGGUCUGGCGGGGACGGGGGCGGCCGGAGGGCUCGCGGUGGGGGGCUUCGAGUGGAGCGCCAUGUUCAUCGUUCUGCUCCUCGGUUGGGUUUUCGUCCCCAUUUAUCGCCUCGCGGGGGUCUCCACCAUGCCGCAGUACCUGUCGCGGCGGUUCGGGCGGGCGCGGAUCCGGCUCUGCCUCGCGGCGCUCUCGCUCGUCCUCUACAUCAGCACCAAAAUCUCCGUGGAUAUGUACUCGGGCGCCAUCUUCAUCCGCGAGGCGCUGGGCUGGGACCUCUACACCUCCGUGGGGGCUCUGCUGGGGAUCACCGCCCUCUACACCAUCACUGGCGGCCUGGCGGCGCUGAUGUACGCGGAUCUGGUGCAGAGUCUGAUCAUGAUCGCCGGAGCCUCCGUGCUGGCCGGCUACGCGCUGGGCGCGGUGGGGGGGUACGCGGGGCUGGUGCAGCGCUACCCCCUGGCGCUGCCCCCCAACACCACGGGGCCCUGCGGGCGCCCCCGCCCCGACGCCUUCCACCUCCUGCGCGACCCCAGCGCCGGAGACCUGCCCUGGCCUGGGCUCAUACUGGGACUGGGCAUCAUCUCCGCCUGGUACUGGUGCACUGACCAGGUGAUCGUGCAGCGCUGCCUGGCCGGGCGCUCCCUCACGCAGGUGCGCGCGGGCUGUGUGCUCUGCGGGUACCUCAAGGUGCUGCCCAUGUUCCUCAUGGUGAUGCCCGGCAUGGCCGCCCGCGUCCUCUUCCCCGCCGUGGUUGGGUGCGCGGACGCUCAGCGCUGCAGCCGCGCCUGUGGCAGCGCCGCCGGAUGCUCCAACGUCGCGUACCCCCGCCUGGUGCUGGCGCUGCUGCCCACCGGGCUGCGGGGGCUGAUGCUGGCGGUGGUCCUCGCCGCCCUCAUGUCCUCCUUGGCUUCCAUCUUCGCCAGCGCCAGCGCCCUCUUCACCCUCGACAUCUACCAGCGCCUGCGGCCCCACGCCGGGCCCCGGCACCUCCUGCUGGCCGGAAGGCUGUGGAUCGUGGCGCUGGUGGGGCUGAGCCUGGCCUGGCUGCCGGUGGUGGAGGCGGCGCAGGGGGGGCAGCUCUUUGACUACAUCCAAGCCGUCGCCAGUUACUUGGCCCCCCCCGUGGCCGCCGUCUUCUUCCUCGCUGUCUUCGUCCCACGCGUCAACGAACCCGGUGCGUUCUGGGGGCUCCUGGGGGGGCUGGCGCUGGGCCUCGCUCGCCUGGUGCCCGAGGUGGCUCUGGGGACGGGGUCUUGUGGGGUGCCGGGGCGCUGCCCCCCCUUUGUCUGCGGCCUUCACUACCUCCACUUCGCCGUCCUCCUCUUCAUCGCCACCGUCAUCAUCGUCAUCGCCGUCUCCCUCUGCCACCCCCCGAUCCCCCGACAGCACCUGCACCGGUUGGUGUUCAGCCUCCGGCACAGUCAGGAACCCCGAAUCGACCUGGACCAGGGGUCCCCCCCGCCCGCCGUCCCGCUCCAGGGUGGGCUCGGGGAUGUGCAGCACGGGGGUCCCCCCGAGGUGGGGGUCGGGUCCAAGCCCCCCCCCCUGCCCCCCGAGGACCCCCUCUGGAGCCGCGUGGUGGACAUCAACGCCCUCAUCCUCAUGGCCAUCGCUGUCUUCCUCUGGGGGUACUUUGCCUGAGCCCCCAAAAGGGGGAAAACACCCCCAAAACCCCACGAAUAAACACCAAAGAACCCAAAACACAAUGAAAAUGGCCCAAAAUCUGCCUCAUG